AUGGCAUUAAAAAAUGAAAUUUUGUUGUUGUAUUUUGUGUGUUUGGCAUUAACAUGCAUUGAUGCUAACAUCCUUGAGAACGAUAAGUACUGGACGAACCAUGAACAAGAGUUCGAUGGUUACUGGAAGCAAAGAGCCGAGAUUGCUAAAAAUGAUAACCUAAAAGCCUAUUUCCCUGAUCCCUAUGAAGUCUCUGGAAACUUCACCUCUGCCAUUAGUGAGUACGUAAUUGUUCUCAUCAUCAAUGUUAUCUUUAAAGGUAGAAUAAGAGGAGCUGCAUGCAUGGCGACCAACCCCAUUGACAGGUGCUGGAGGUGUGACCCAAACUGGGCUAAUAACCGCCAAAAACUUGCAGAUUGUGUUCAGGGAUUCGGAAGAAACACCAUUGGAGGAAAAGGAGGAAAAUUCUACGUCGUCAACGACUCUUCAGAUGGUGACUUGCUGUCUCCGAAACCAGGUACUAUCCGGCAUGCAGUGACAAGAACUGAACCCUUGUGGAUCAUCUUCUCCCGAAGCAUGGUGAUCAAGCUCCAGCAAGAGCUCAUCAUGGCCAGCAACAAGACCAUUGAUGGCAGGGGAUUCGAUGUCCAAAUUGCAAAUGGUGCUGGCAUCACCGUGCAGUUCAUCAAGAACGUCAUUAUCCAUGGCAUCAAGGUCUACAACACGGUGGUCAAGACAGGUGGCAUGAUUAGGGACUCCGAAACUCAUUACGGAUUUCGGACACAGAGUGAUGGUGAUGGUAUCUCCAUCUUUGGCGCAAGCAACAUCUGGAUCGACCAUGUUUCCAUGAGAAACUGCUCCGAUGGAUUGAUUGAUGCCAUUAUGGGCUCCACCGCCAUUACCAUCUCCAACGGCCAUUACACUGACCACAAUGAGGUGAUGCUGUUUGGAGCGAGUGACAGCUACACCGGCGACAAGAUCAUGCAAAUCACCUUGGCAUUCAACCACUACGGCAAGAGGUGUGUUCAGAGAAUGCCAAGGGCCAGACAUGGUUUUGUCCAUGUUGUCAACAAUGACUACACUCAUUGGGAGAUGUAUGCCAUUGGUGGCAGCAAGAACCCUACCAUCAUCAGUGAGGGUAACAGGUUCAUUGCCCCUGAAAACCGCUUUGCCAAAGAGAUAACCAAGAGAGAAUACGCAGAAGAAAGCAUAUGGAAGAACUGGCAAUGGAGAUCAAUCAAUGAUGAAUACUUGAAUGGAGCAUUCUUCGUUCAAUCCGGGGCUGAAUUGAAGAACAGACCAUUCUCAAGGGAGGACAUGAUCACAGCCAAGCCAGGAACAUAUGUUGGAAGGCUUACACGCUUUGCGGGUGUUCUUCCAUGCAAAAUUGGCCAACCAUGCUAG